UCUAAGUUGAAACAACGUAUGGUCCUAAAAGUAACAUGUAUUCCACAACCUCAUGUUUAGUUAUCAUAUUGGUUCUAAGUGGUACUGCUAUUUCCAAGUCCAUCAUCAAGACUCUACCAGGCUACACAGGUGAUCUGCCUUUCAAUCUUGAAACUGGAUAUGUGAGUGUGGGAGAGUUGGACGAUGUGCAGCUAUUUUACUAUUUCAUCGAGUCGGAGGGCAGUCCGAAGGAGGACCCUCUUAUGCUUUGGCUUACUGGAGGACCUGGUUGUUCUGGUUUUAGUGGCCUUGUUUAUGAAAUAGGUCCAUUAAAUUUCAACACACUAGAUUUCGAUGGAAAUUUUCCAACUUUUAUUUUGAACCCUUAUUCGUGGACAAAGGUGGCCAGCAUAAUAUUUUUAGACGCACCAGUUGGCACUGGAUUUUCCUAUGCCAACAACACCGAAAGUUCCUCCAUCAUGGAUGAUAAAAUUUCAGCAGCCCAAACCUAUCAAUUUUUUAGAAAGUGGCUUAAUGAUCAUUCAGAAUUUACGUCAAAUGACUUCUAUGUCGGUGGUGAUUCAUAUUCUGGCAUUGUCGUCCCAAUCAUUGUUCAAGAAAUAUAUAAAGGAAAUGAAGUCGGACGAACACCGAUAAUCAAGCUACAAGGGUACAUACUUGGAAACCCACUGACCAGUGAACAUGAUGACCCAAAUUCCAGAGUUGAAUUUGCUCACCGUGUGGCACUUAUAUCAGACCAACUCUUCAAGUCAGCUAAAACAAAUUGUGAUGGUGAGUACGUGAAUGUGGAUUCAAACAAUACAGAGUGUGUAAAGGAUAUUGAGAUUAUCACAGAGUGUAUUGCACAAAUAAACCGACCACAAAUCUUGGAACCUACCUGUUCUUUAAAGUCCCCGAAUUCAACUACUCAAAUAAAAUGGGACAGAAGAUUCGUCGGAGAGAAUCCAACAGACUUUCUUCUUUUAUCUUCUCAACAAAACUCCAGACUAUGGUGCAGGGAGUAUAAUUACUUGCUCUCCUACAUUUGGGCAAAUGACGAGACUGUCCAAGAGGCUCUUCAUGUCCGUGAGGGAACAUUAAAAGAAUGGAUGAGAUGUAACUGGGGCUUGGCCUACACACAAACAGUAUUAAGUAGUGUUGCUUAUCAUCAAUACCUCCUCUCAAAUACAAAUUAUCGAGCUCUAAUUUACAGUGGUGAUCACGACAUGCUUGUUCCAUAUGUGGGCACACAUGCAUGGAUUGAUGCUCUCAAUCUAACAAUCAGUGACGAUUGGAAACCAUGGUUCGUUGAUGGUCAAGUUGCAGGGUACUCAAUGGCAUAUUACUAUUAUGGAUACCAUUUGACUUAUGCCACAGUGAAGGGAGGAGGUCACACAGCGCCAGAGUACAAGCCCAAAGAAUGUCUUGCGAUGCUUCGUAGGUGGUUUGCUUAUUACCCUUUCUAGUACUCAUCAAUUACAACUUUGAAGUUAAAAUUUCUCUUAUGCUAUGUUUGGUAUUAUCGAAACCGAUUCUUAGAAUUGAAAAACAAAAUUAAUUUCAAUUUACGUAUAUAUGUUCAAUAAAUCUUGGGUAUUGUAUAUAGUGAAUUUUCUAGCCAAGACAUAAUUGGUUUGUAACUCUGAAAACAAAUCUCUGAAACUUAUAAAUUGAGAAUAGUUUUCAGAGAAUAAUAAAAGACUAUUUUCUGAAAACAGACUUUUUUAUAACUGAGUUUUCAGAAAUUUUUUAUUUA